ACUGCGCUUGCCGUUAAACCUCCACCCUCACCUCCCAAUUCUACACGUGAGUUCAGCAUCGAUCACGUAUUUUUCGUGAAUCCGAUCGAGCGUGCUCAUGUAACCUUCCUGAUGGCCAUCCUCAUUGCCUACAUCUGUUUGAUUGAAGUCAACUUUGAAUUCAAUGUUUACGAAGUCCCAUCCAUGAAUCGCGGUCCCUGGAGCGCACUCUAUUUGCACAAUUAUUGCACGUCGUAUGGAUACAGAGGUGGCCUAUGUUACGACCCCGUCUAUUGCUGGUACUAAACACUCUAGGUAUUGCUUAUUCGUGUAUGAGCCAGUUGAAGUGGAAUAAUAAAAUGUGG